GAGGUCAGGCUUUCUGCGCAUUUAAUAGUCAGACGAAGGAGGACGAAAAACUCGCGCGUAACAGACCUUCCUAUGGGCUCCAGAGGCUAUCUUAAUAUGCUUCCAACAAUACACAGAGAAAUAUUAUGUGAGCGUUGAACUACAGCUUAGCUAGGAUGGGACGACGCGGUCUUGUUGCAGCGGUGCUGUGCUGCGCCCUGCUCUGUGGGCCGGAGCACUGGUAUGUUGAUGCAAAGGUUCCUGGAAAGCUUGUGAAGGCGAUCUGGGAUGAUGCGAGCACUCAGACUGAGGUAGAUGCUGCUGAGGUGAAGCGGCUCAGGCAAGAGGCCUGGGAAAUGUUUGACCACGGCUACACAAACUACAUGAAGCACGCCUUUCCCAAGGACAACCUGCUGCCCAUCAGCUGCGGCGGGAAGGACUGGCAGGGCGGGCUUGCCAUCACCCUGGUGGACUCCCUGGAUGCACUCAUGCUGCUGAACCGCAAGCAGGACGUGCUGGACUCCAUGGAGCUGGUGCGGCGGGAGCUGCACUUCGACAAGGACAUCAAGGUGCACGUGUUCGAAACCGUGAUCCGCGUGCUGGGCGGGCUGCUGAGCGGCCAUAUGCUGCUGGACCGGAACCCGGGCAUGGUGGAUGCCGCAGACCCACAUGCGGCGGCGGCGGCUGCGGCGGCGGCACUGAACCGGACACAGCAGGCACAGCACCUGGACCCGGCAGAGGCGCAGGCGCGGGCGCGGGGUGCUGGCGACGCGCACUUGUUAGGGGGCGGGGAGGUGUCGGCAGGAGGGCAGCACGCGGAGGAGCAGCAGCUGGAGCGGCGGCAGCGGGAUCAGGGGCAAGGCUGGCAGGAGGGCAGCAGCAGUGCGGAGCCGGGUGAGCACGGCGGGGGGUCAGAGGGCAACGGCGCUGGCCCUGACACUGGCGCUGCCACUGCUCCUUAUACCAGUCCCGGUGACGAGUCCACCAGCAAUAGCACCAUCACCAACGACAACAGCACCAAUAGCAGCAGCCAUCGGCAGAAGCCCAGUGCGUACGACGGCAUCUUCCUGCGCAAGGCGGUGGAGCUGGCGGACCUGCUGCUGCCGGCCUUCGACACGCCCUCGGGGCUGCCGGCGCUGUUCGUGCACCUCAAGACGGGCCCUGUGCACGACAGCUUCAACAGCACCUGCACCGCCUGCGCUGGGACCCUGCUGCUGGAGCUGGGCAUGCUCACAGCGCUGACGGGUGACCCGGUGUACCUGGAGAAGGCGGAGUUUGCAGCCAAGGCGCUGUACGACAGGCGCAGCCGGCUGGGGCUGGUGGGCGCUUCCCUCAACGUGGUGAACAGCCAGUGGGCCAGCCGCGAGAGCACCAUUGGGCCGGGCAGCGACAGCUACUACGAGUACCUGCUCAAGGCGUACCUCAUGUUCGGCAAGUCGGAGUACCUGGACUGGUUUGCAGAGCUGUACGGCAGCACCAUGAGGUGGAUGCAGAUCCCCGGCACCUUCAAGGGCUACAGCUGGAUGGUGGAUGUGCACAUGGACAACGGCCGGCUGUCGCGGCCCUUCGUGUCCAGCCUGGGCGCCUUCUGGCCCGGCAUGCAGGCGCUGGCAGGCCAGGAGCGCGAGGCUGUGGAGCUGCACGCCAACUUCACUGCGGCCUGGCGCACCUUCGGAUGGCUGCCCGAGGUGUUCGGCAUCGACCUCAGCAAGGUGCACCCCGAGGACCCCGGCUACAACCUGCGGCCCGAGCACAUCGAGUCCACCUACCUGCUGCACUGCCUCACGCAGAACCCGUACUACCUGCGGGUGGCCUCCAACAUCCAGUCCACGCUGCACGCCCACAACCGCGUCCAGUGCGGCUACACGCAGAUCAACCACGUCGACACGGGCGAGCACGGCGACCUGAUGGAGAGCUACUUCCUGUCCGAGACGGCCAAGUACCUCUACCUCAUGUUCUCCGACGCGCCCGGCCUGAUCGACUACUACGUGCUCACCACGGAGGGCCACCUCAUGCCGCCCGUGCCCCACCCCGACAGCCUAGACCUGGACCGGCUCCGGCGCAGACACGUGCGCCGGCAGCGGCGGCGAGGCCAGCAGGCAGCGACAAAGGAACAGGGCGCGGGGCAGCAGCAGCAGCAGCAGCAAGGCGAGCAGGCGGGCGCGGUGACGCAGGAGCACCACGGCAAGCCUGGUGGCGUGGCGGCGGUGCGUGCGGCGGUCGAUGCCAUCUUCGCGGCGGUGGCGGCAGUGUCCGGUCACCAUUCGCACCAGCAGCACCAGCACCAGCACGCGCCCAGCACCCACGCGCGGGGUGAGCAGGUCGAGUCCGCGCAACACCAGCGCCAGCCGCAGGACCAGCACCCACACGAAGGGGCGGUGGACCUUGAUGCAGCCGCGGCUACCGUUGCCGCGGCCGCGGCGGCGGCGGCGUCCACUGCCGGCGGCGACACAGCCACAACUGCGGCCGCAGCUGCGGCUGCCGCGGCGGCUGUAGCAGCACUCGCGGAGGGCGCUGGCGGCGGCAGUAGCAGCAGCGGCGGCAGCGGCCAGUGGACACCGGAGAGCCUGGCGGCUGCUGUGCACGCACUGCGUCAGGCGGCGGAGGGCAAUGAGUCGGCGCUGACCGGACACGGCGCCGCCUCCUCGCAUGCCGCUGGCGAGGAUGGGAAUGACGACGCGGACGACGAGGCGUGGGACGAGGCGGGGGACGAGGCCGCUGAGGGGGAUGCUGCGGCGGGCGGGUGGGCGUCCGAGCUGCCAGUGCCGCAGCCGGUGCCGGAGAACUGCGCCAAGAUUUGCACGCCGCCGCCGGAGGCGGAGCAGGCCGCGGAGGAGGCCCGCCUGCGCGCCGCCUUCCCGCUGCUUGGCUUCCGCCGCCGCGACGCAGAGCUGGUGCGGCACCGCCGCUGUGUGGCCUGCUGCGUCGUCACGGCUCGCAUCGCCGACAACCCGCCGCAGGACGACGCAUCCCGUGCGCGCAUCAUGAAGCUGCCGCGUGAGAGCAUCGACGAGGUCACCAACCAGCAAGACGGCCAGCAGCAGCAGCAGAACCAGCACGUGCUGGCGCAGGUGGUGUGCACCAUCAAGGUCUUCCGGGAUGGGUCCCUGUCAUGCAACAAUGUGCGAGGCGUCACACCACACGAUGCGCAGCACGGCGUUCCGUACAACGCGGUCAUUCUUCAAAUGUCGGCUGUUCCUGAUGACCCACAGCAGCAACAGAAGCAGCAGGGACAGGGGCAGACAGCCGGACAGCAGCACAAGUCGGGCCGGCAGCAGCAGCCGGGGCAGCCGCCGGCGCCCGACUAUGGCUUGGUAGCGGUGCGGGGCGGGUUGGGUGGCGAGACGUCGCUCGUGCUCGAAGCCAUGACCGCACACUAUGGGCCCAUCCUCGCGGACGCGACGCCCAAGUGCUUGUCAGAGCUGCUGGCAGCGCCCGUGACGCAUCUAGCAGGCGGCUGUGAUGGACACCUGCAGAGCCCUCUUGAGGUGCCGCUGCUGCUGCACCGGUGGCGUGGGUCGGGCGGGCAGCGCAUCGGGCGUCAGGGCGGUGGCACCUGCCCCGCCUACCUGCGCCGGCGGAUGAACAAGUUGGGCCGGUCCACGGCACCCGUAGGCAAGGUGCGGAAGGGCGAGGACCCGGAGUGCGGGCUCGUGUCCGACCUGGGGCCAUGGACGCGUCCGCCCUACGGCUCGGGAGCGGAGGGCGGCGGCAGCCGGCCGGUCAGGAGGCGGCGUCAGCCGCUGCAGGUGCAGGUGGAGGUGGAUGCCGCUGCGGAGGUGGCGGAGGUGCCGGUGGCGGCCCUGGGUGCGGAGGCGGUCCAUGGGACUGGCCAGGAGGCUGAGCCGCAAGAGCAGGAGCAUCCGGUCCAGCUCCAACACCAGAAUCAGGACCACGACCAAGAUGAGGACCAGCAUUACUUGCAGCUCCAACACCAGGGUCAGGACCAGCACUUGCAGUACUACCAAGAACCGGAACCGCUGGAGGGCCUACCGCCCGACGGCUUCGCCAGUGUUGACGCCUUCUUUUUGGCAAGAGACGCCGAGCUGCUGCGUGAGCAGCAGCAGCAGCAGGAGGGGCAGCAGCAGGGGCAGCAGUUACAGCAGGGGCAGCAGCAGGAGCAGCAGCAGGACGAGGGGCAGGGCCGGGACGAGGAGGAGAGGCGCAUCAGCCCGCACCACCUCAGCCGCAUGGACCCAGACGGGGACAUUCCCCCCAUGGAGUAUGUGCAGCUGUACCAAGAAGUGGAGCCGCUGGAGGGCCUGCCGCCCGACGGCUUCGCCAGUGUUGACGCCUUCUUCUUGGCAAGAGACGCCGAGCUACUGCGAGAGCAGCAGCAGGGCCAGCUGGCAGCACAGCUCGAGCAGCAGCACCGGCUGCAGCAGGAGGAGCCGCAGAACGCGGUGGCGAUUCCGGGACAACACCAUGAGGAGCAGGAGUAUGAGUACGACUGUGACUGCGGAGCCCACUUGGCGCCUGCGACUGUGGUGCCCAGAGCACUGCCGGCUGCAGGUGCGGCUGCGGCGCAGGCGGCGAUUGCGCCGGCAGCGGUUGCGGGCGAGGUAGCGGUGCAGGAGGACGACGACGGCGGCGGCAGCUGCGGCGACCCGGACUCCUACGACAUCAUUGACAUCUAUGUCGAGGACGACGAAGAGGACGACGAUGAUGAGGGGGUGGGCGAGGUGGCGGCAAUAGACAGCGGGCCGGACCGCGGCUUGGGGAUGGUGCCAGUGCUGCCCGGAGACGUAGACCUAGACUCCCAACAGCACGAGCACCAGCACCAGCACCAGCAGCCUCAGGAGGGCGCUGGAGCGGCGACGCCCGAGGGCAACGUGAAAGCCGGAGGCCAGGGCACCGCCCCAACCCCGGUCCCGGCGCAGCCCGAGGCCCCGGCGCAGUUGCCGGUCGAGCCGCCGGCGCAGGGUCGUGCGGAGGCCGCUGCCAAGUCGGCAGCGCGCCGGGCGCAAGAGGACGACGAGGAUGAGUAUGAGGACGAUGAUGAGGACGAAGAGCUAGUUGACCAGCCGCUGUGGCGCUGGUCCAUAGAGUCGCACCACGACGGCGCGUGCGCGCACGCGCCCACCGCCACCGGGGCCCUGGUGCUAGCGGAGCCGCGGGACGGCUGCGAGCAGGCCGCGAACCCGGCGGCACUGGCAGGCGCAGUGGCAGUGGUGGUGCGCGGCGGCUGCAGCUUUGUGGCCAAGACACUCAACAUGCAGGCCGCAGGCGCUGUAGGGGUGCUGGUGCUGAACACGCAGCCGCCCGGCGAGCUCCUCAACAUGGCCGCGGACGACUCCGGCCAGGAGCCCGAGAUCCCCGCGCUGCUGCUGGGCGGAGCCGAGUCGCGCCGCCUGCUGCAGGCGCUGGCGGCGGCCGGCGUGGCAGGCGAGCCGCCGCCGGUCGGUAGCAUGGCGGCGCUGCCCCACCACAUGAUGGCGCCCGGCGGCCCGGCGCGGAGAUUGAUCUCCGGUGCCGCGCAGGCGCCCGCCGGGCAGGGUGCCGCGGCCGGGGGCGGCGGCGGUGGCGCUGAAGGCACUUGCUCCGCAGCGCCUGUGCAGGGCGGCGGUGCCGUAGGCGCUGGCGCUGACAGCUCCACCACGCCGUCUGAAGGCGGCGGCGGCAGCGGAGGAGGAGCAGGAGGAGGCAAUAGUGCUGGCGGCAGCGGUGGCGGUGGCGGCGGCGGCGGCGGUAACCAACUAAGCACGCGGCUGGACUUGUUGGUGCCCAGCGGCUCGCACGCCUUCCUGCAGGCCAACGUGGUGGCCAAGGGCCGCAACCUGCAGCACCUGUUUGAGAGCGUGUUGGCGGACGGCCGCGCGGUGCUGCUGCUGCAGCAGAUUGCGCAAACAAACGCGAAGCAGGUGAUCGCCUCGAUGCGCCAACGAAAGCCGUGACCAUGGGGACGAAACGACGCGCGCUGGCGAAGCUGGCUCGCAGUGUGUUCAUAUUGUGCGGCAGGAUGAGAUGACGUGAUUCCUGGGGGCGCAUCAGGUUUGGGAGGGUUUUAUGAGCGCGCAUGCAUGCAGGGGUGGGAAAGAGGUUGUGUGAAUGCGAAUCUCCAGGCCGGGACAGGGGAGGAAUGAGCGAUCGGGAGACGGCGGAGGAGCAGUUGCAAUGGAGGCCUCGCUUGGCCUCCCCUGAGCUGUUGCUGCGCGAGCAGAGCAGCACUCGCUCUGUAAGAGCUGCACUUU